UGGCAAUCCUGCUUUCUUCUACUCUGGACACAUUUUGGAACCCCAUGACUAGGAUGUAAUUUCAGAAUGUUCUUUGCUUCGAUCCUCUCCACAAUCCUGCAUUACUGUUCCGCGGCAGCCGAGAUUGCACAGACCCAUCCAGCAAAAGACAACCAUCUGGCAGCUGUUAACUGGUGUUUGGGUGGUUUUGCUAAGCUGGGUUAUUACACUGGGUCGGUAACAUACACUGUGACCGGGGAAGAGUGCCUGAAGUGGACCGAAUUCCCAGACUAUGUCCAGCAGUAUCCCAACAAGGGACUUGGCGAUCACAACUUCUGCCGUAACCCUGAUGGUGAACCAGUUCCAUGGUGUUUUUACAGGAAGAGAACGGGGUCCAUCAGCUGGUCAGAAUGUGACUGCAAUCAUGGUGCCAUCCGACUGAGUGGAGGAGCUGGUCAACAUGAGGGAAGGGUGGAGUUACUGUACAAUGGACAAUGGGGCACUGUCUGUGACAAGACCUGGGAUGAUAGAGAUGCCAGUGUGGUUUGUCGUCAGCUAAGCUUAAGUGAAAUAGGUGUGGCCAAGAGGAAUUCAUGGUUCGGUGCAGGAUCAGGUCCCAUUCACAUGGACGGUGUUCACUGUCGGGGCGACGAGGCUGCCUUGCUGCAAUGUCGAAACAGCACAUUAGCGAGUGGAGCCUGCAGACAUGACAGUGAUGCAGGGGUUGUGUGUGGACUUCCAGAAGGUAAAAGUCAGAAUGGUACUGCCAAGGCUUGGAUGUGGUCCCACUUUGGCCAUGGCUCUGGUCCGAUCCUAUUGGAUGACAUUGAGUGCACUGGCAAUGAACUGCACUUGGAUGAGUGUGAGAAAAGCAAUUGGAGGCAACACAACUGUGAGCAUGCAGAAGAUGCGGGCGUCUCCUGCAACCCAUUUGCAGAUGGUGCCAUACGACUAGCUGGAGGCCGAGACUCCAGUGAGGGGAGGUUGGAAGUCUAUCGCAAUGGAGCCUGGGGUACAGUGUGUGAUGACAGAUGGACUGACCUGAAUGCCAGGGUCGUUUGCAGGCAGCUUGGAUUCAGUGGCCCAGGGAUUGUAGCACCAGAGGCUAAGUUUGGACAAGGGACUGGCUUCAUACUCCUGGAUGAAGUGGUCUGCACAGGGACUGAACCGAACCUCCUGGGUUGUGCUCGGAGCAACUGGGGCCAACAUGACUGCUCGCAUCACGAGGAUGUUGGCGUGAUAUGUGCACAGCAAGAUACCAACAAAAUAAGCGAGCCCAGUAUAGGGCCAGCUAUCCGCCUUGUGGAUGGAGAGAACAACAAAGAGGGGCGUGUGGAGGUGUACCUUCACGGAGAGUGGGGAAGUGUCUGUGAUGACGGUUGGACAGACAGGGAUGCAAGAGUUGUCUGCAGGCAGCUGGGCUACAGUGGCCAAUCCAAAGCCAGAACAAUGGCCUACUUUGGGGAGGGCCACGGACCUAUCCACUUGGACAACGUAAGAUGCACCGGCCAUGAGAAUUCCCUGGAUGAGUGCAGCACACCUGGCUUUGGAAUCCAUAACUGCUGGCACGGGGAAGAUGCAGGAGUCAUCUGCGAUUAUAAGGAGGAUGCUCUCGAGGAGCUUAGCAGUGGUGGUUCUUUGCCUUCAGUGUGUGGUCUCCGUUUGAUAAAUCGUCGCAGAAAGCGGAUUAUUGGAGGGAAUAAGUCAAUCAGAGGGGGCUGGCCAUGGCAAGCUUCACUGAGGCACAAGACAUUUUACCGAGAGAGUCGUUUACUGUGUGGAGCCACACUAAUCAACAACUGCUGGGUGUUGACGGCUGCUCACUGCUUCAAGAGGUUUGGUAAUGAGACGCGACAUUACUACAUUCGAGUCGGUGAUUACCACACGGCGGUGGAGGAUGAGUACGAACGAGAAAUCCCUAUUGAAAGGAUUGUUACACACAAGAACUACAAGCCAGACAGCAGUGACAAUGAUAUAGCGCUGGUCAGAAUGAAAGGGAAGGAAGGACAUUGUGUGACAUUCAAUCAGUAUGCAACUCCAGUCUGUCUGCCGGCCAGAAAGGAACGGAUCAGAAUAAACAAGCAUUCCUGCUAUAUCACUGGCUGGGGAGAUACAGGAAGAUCCUACUCAAGAACGUUACUGCAAGGUGCGGUCCCCUUACUGCCAAAGAAGAUCUGCAAGAGCCGCUACAGUGACAAGUUCACCCCCCGCAUGAUUUGCGCGGGCAAUCUGUCCGAGCACAAGCGGGUUGAUAGUUGCCAGGGCGACAGUGGUGGCCCUCUAAUGUGCCAGCGCACGGGAGGACGUUGGGUCAUCUUAGGCAUCACAUCAUGGGGCUAUGGAUGUGGACAGAGAGAUUCUCCCGGCGUUUACACAAAGGUGGCCAAAUUCGUCUCUUGGAUCAAGAAAGUGACGGAAACUAAAGUAAAAGGACAAGAAAAGCCGGUGAGCUAGCGAGCUCCGAAGGAAUAGCAUGUCCGGGAAGGAUGGCCAGGGGUGGUGGGCAAGGAAACAAUAAGCUGCUGGAUUAAUUUCUUAC